AUGACACGGCCCCCAGGUCAAUCCGUAUGGAUUGUUAUGCCAUGCAUCCUCUUCUCCCUCUUCGUCGCCCGCUUCCUCAUCGAAAUCUUCGCAUCACAGUACGAACGCGGUCUAAUCAUAGUUGCUAAAGCAGCACUCAUCUUCGUCAUAACGCUCAUCCUCACUACUACGGCUGCGAACUCUCUGUUUCAGCCCACCCAACCUCCUGCAGAACGACGUACUAGGAAUGUACUGCAAAAGAAAUGCAAAGUCUCCCCAGCAACCGAGGAGCGCGUACGUACCUGGCGUGAGAACACCGCUCCGAUUCUACAUUGGAGCUCCGACUCAUGUGAUGAGGUGGAGGAGGAGGUGAGGGAACGGAGGAGGAAGAAGAAGAAGAAGAAGAAGAAGAAGAAGAAGAAGAAGAAGAAGAAGAAGAAGAAGAAGAAGAAGAAGAAGAAGAAGCUCAGCAGAGAAAAGAGGGAAAGUCAAGAUGAGAAAUCGUCGAGGAAGAGGUUGUCGAAGAUGUUCAAGUCGAAGAGGUAUGAAAUGCUUGGAGUGAGGAGGGAGACGGUUGAGGAAGUUGUACGGGAAGAUGCUUUGGUUUAG